AUGUCAUCGCUUGUGAGAUCGCUCCCUGGUGUCGCCGUCGUUACGGGCGCGGGAGGGACUGGGAUCGGCGCCGCUGUCGCUCAGGGCUUUGUACGCUCUGGCUGCUCUCGAAUCGCCAUUACCGACAUCAAUCCAGACACGCUGCGAUACACAAAGGAUGCCAUACUGCGCAUCAAUCCCUCUGCGAGUGUCCUCGAUCAAGCAGGCGACAUAGCCGACGAGAAAUUCAUAGAUGCUUUCAUGGACAAAGUGGCCGCUCACUUCACAAGGCUGGACUACGCUGUCAACUGUGCUGGGAUCCUAGGGGGUGACACUGUCAAAGCAGUCGACAUGCCCACCGACUUCUUCGACCGCUUGAAUGCUGUCAACUACAGGGGCACAUGGCUCAGCUGCCGCGCUCAAUUGAGGAACAUGCUCAAGCAAGAGCCUCUCGCAGAACAUCCCAAGCAGAGAGGUGCCGUUGUCAACAUCGCGAGUCAACUUGGUGUGGUCGCUAGGCCUGGUGCUGCCGCCUAUUGCGCUUCAAAAUCUGCCGUUAUCAACAUGACCCGUGCUAAUGCCAUCGACUACUCCGAUAACGGAAUACGCGUCAACUGUGUCUGUCCAGGCGUUAUCGAUACACCCAUGACCACCACUUCGCCAGCCAUGGUCGAGGCACUGAAGCCAGCCAUUGACAUUGCGCCCAUGAAACGAAUGGGCCAGCCUGAAGAAGUCGCUGAUGCAGUUCUUUUCUUGUGUUCUUCCCAGUCGUCGUUCAUUCAGGGCCAUGCGCUCGUUGUCGAUGGUGGUUACACAAUCAAUUAG